CACUAUCCUCGCCGGUGAUACCCUUCAAACCCAUUCGCUCUCCGCCUUACAGUUCUACAUCUUCUAAUUGUGAGAGCAAUGGAUAUGGCUACUGGCCUCCAUAGGUUCAACAUGGCUUUGGCGCCGCUUCGCACCAACCAAAGAGGAUCAUCAUCAUCAUCAUCAUCUCUGUUUCCCUCUAAAGAUAUAUUCGGUAGUGGCUUUCGUCCAUCUCGAGCUUUGAAAGCCCGCCGGAGCUUGAGAUUUGACGCGGGGUCUGUGAGUCGAAUAGCUGUUAGUUGCUCUACCUCUCCCACUACAGAACCUGUUACUGUAGGAAAGAAGUUAACAACGCGAAGGGAUGUGAGGAAUAUAGCUAUUGUUGCUCAUGUAGAUCAUGGAAAGACAACUUUAGUUGAUGCAAUGCUGAAGCAAGCGAAGGUCUUCCGUGACAACCAGUUUGUGCAGGAGAGAAUAAUGGAUUCGAAUGAUCUUGAGAGGGAAAGAGGAAUCACAAUUCUCAGCAAAAACACCUCAAUAACUUACAAGGGCACUAAGAUAAAUAUCAUCGAUACUCCAGGCCAUUCUGAUUUUGGUGGAGAAGUUGAGCGUGUUCUCAAUAUGGUUGAAGGAGUUCUUCUUGUGGUAGACUCUGUAGAGGGGCCAAUGCCGCAAACACGGUUUGUUUUGAAGAAAGCUUUGGAAUAUGGACAUUCAGUUGUGGUUGUGGUAAAUAAAAUUGAUAGGCCUUCAGCACGUCCGGACUUUGUUAUCAACUCAACAUUUGAGCUCUUUAUUGAAUUAAAUGCAACGGAUGAACAGUGUGACUUUCAAGUGAUUUAUGCAAGUGGCAUAAAAGGUAAGGCUGGACUCUCUCCGGACAAUUUAGCAGAUGAUCUUGGGCCACUUUUUGAGGCUAUUCUUAGAUGCAUACCAGAGCCUACCAUUAAUAAGGAUGGAGCACUUCAGAUGCUUGUAACAAUUAUCGAGUAUGAUGAGCACAAAGGGUUUGCACAUCAGAUGAAACAUGUAGACAGGCAAAAGUCAGUGAACUUUUUGUUUAUCAGAACUUUAGCAGGGUCCCAGCCGAGAACGUGGAGGCUGGAGAUAUUUGUGCCGUUUGUGGAAUAAAUGAUAUAAUGAUUGGAGAGACAAUAGCUGAUAAAAGCUCUUGGAAAGCACUACCCACCAUCAAAGUAGAGGAGCCGACAGUAAAAAUGUCUUUCUCUAUCAAUACUUCUCCAUUUGUUGGUCGGGAGGGAAAAUAUGUGACAAGUCGAAAUCUUCGGGAUAGACUUUAUCGUGAGCUUGAGAAAAAUUUGGCGAUGAGAGUUGAAGAUGGUGAAACAGCUGACACAUUUAUUAUUAGUGGCAGGGGAACAUUGCACAUUACAAUCUUGAUAGAGAGCAUGCGAAGAGAAGGUUAUGAAUUUAUGGUUGGGCCACCAAAGGUUAUAAACAAAAGGGUAGAUGAUAAAUUGCUGGAGCCUUUUGAGAUCGCUACUGUUGAGGUGCCUGAGGAACACAUGGGGCCUGUUGUUGAGCUUCUUGGAAAAAGGAGAGGGCAGAUGUUUGAUAUGCAGGGACUUGGUUUGGAGGGAACAUCAUUGUUAAAGUAUAAGAUCCCGACACGUGGUCUUCUUGGGUUGCGAAAUGCAAUCCUAACGGCUUCACGGGGUACUGCAAUUCUGAACACAGUUUUUGAUAGCUAUGGACCAUGGGCUGGGGAUAUUAGCACAAGGGACCAAGGGUCCUUGGUUGCAUUUGAGGAUGGAACUACUACUUCUUAUGCCUUAUGCAGUGCUCAGGAAAGAGGUCAGAUGUUUGUCAGCCCUGGAAUGGAAGUUUACAAAGGUCAAAUUGUUGGCAUCCAUCAACGACCUGGUGAUUUAUCCCUUAAUGUUUGCAAGAAGAAAGCUGCAACAAAUGUAAGAUCCAACAAGGAACAGACAGUGGUUCUCGAUUCACCAUUAUUUUAUAGUUUGGAUGACUGUAUCGAAUACAUUCAAGAAGAUGAGCUGGUCGAAGUUACUCCUCAAAGUAUACGCAUGUCCAAAAAUCCUAAGUUUGCUAAGAAGAGGUAA